CCAGAUUCUUUUCUUCGGAUUUGGGUGGCUGUUCUUCAUGCGCCAGCUGUUCAAGGACUAUGAGGUACGUCAGUAUGUUGUGCAGGUGAUCUUCUCGGUGACUUUUGCCUUUUCCUGCACCAUGUUUGAGCUCAUCAUCUUUGAAAUCUUAGGAGUGUUGAACAGCAGCUCUCGCUAUUUUCACUGGAAGAUGAACCUGUGUGUCAUUCUACUGAUCUUGGUUUUCAUGGUGCCUUUUUACAUCGGCUAUUUUAUCGUCAGCAACAUCCGACUAUUGCAUAAACGACGACUGAUUUUUUCCUGUGUCUUAUGGCUGACUUUCAUGUAUUUCUUCUGGAAACUGGGAGAUCCAUUUCCUAUUCUUAGCCCAAAACAUGGGAUCCUGUCCAUUGAACAGCUCAUCAGCCGCGUAGGUGUGAUAGGAGUGACUCUCAUGGCUCUUCUUUCGGGAUUUGGUGCUGUCAACUGCCCAUACACUUACAUGUCCUACUUCCUCAGGAACGUAACUGAUACAGAUAUUCUAGCUCUGGAAAGGCGGCUUCUCCAAACCAUGGACAUGAUCAUAAGCAAAAAGAAAAGGAUGGCAGUGGCACGGAGAACUAUGUUCCAGAAAGGGGAGGUGCAUAACAAGCCGUCAGGAUUCUGGGGCAUGAUAAAGAGUGUUACCACUUCAGCUCCAGGAAGUGAAAAUCUUACACUGAUUCAGCAGGAAGUGGAUGCUUUGGAAGAACUAAGCAGGCAGCUCUUCCUGGAAACAGCCGAUCUAUAUGCUACCAAGGAGAGAAUAGAAUACUCCAAAACUUUCAAGGGGAAAUAUUUUAAUUUUCUGGGUUACUUUUUCUCUAUUUACUGUGUGUGGAAGAUUUUCAUGGCAACCAUCAAUAUUGUUUUUGAUCGGGUUGGAAAAACAGAUCCUGUGACAAGAGGCAUUGAGAUCACUGUGAAUUAUCUGGGAAUCCAAUUUGAUGUGAAGUUUUGGUCCCAACACAUUUCCUUCAUUCUGGUUGGCAUAAUCAUCGUCACAUCCAUCAGAGGGCUGCUGAUUACUCUUACCAAGUUCUUCUAUGCCAUCUCCAGCAGUAAGUCAUCCAAUGUCAUUGUCCUACUGCUAGCACAGAUCAUGGGCAUGUACUUCGUCUCCUCUGUUCUGCUGAUCCGAAUGAGUAUGCCUCUGGAGUACCGCACCAUCAUCACAGAGGUUCUUGGAGAGCUGCAGUUCAACUUCUACCACCGCUGGUUCGACGUGAUCUUCCUGGUCAGUGCUCUCUCCAGCAUCCUCUUCCUCUAUCUGGCUCACAAACAGGCACCAGAGAAACACAUGACGCCUUGAACUCAAGCCACCAGUCACAGACCACAAGCUCGUCGUAUCUGGAUUUGGCUAUGAGAGGAGGGAAGUGGAGGGGACCAGGAACUGUCUUGUUGUUUAAAGGCAGUGGGUGGCAUAUUGUGCCUCUAGCCUAGACCUUCCUCCUCGUGAUGUUAAAACAAGUACUAACUGGCCAGCGUUUGGCACAAAGCAGGUUGUGUUCGUUUGAGGCUGGUGCAAUGAGACGCGGUGUGUAAGAGCCAAGAACUAAGAAAAAAUAUAUACUGAAACUCUGGGAGGGCUGAAGUCUAAGGUAGCUGCGUCAAGCACAAAGUAUUUACGUCAUGGUUCAAGUGGGGCUGGCCAUGACUGUCCCUUAAGAUUGACUGUCAUUAAACCAGAGAUUGUAACACUUUG